AUGUUUCGAAGCCUGAAUUCCCUUAUAUUGGAGCUAUUCGAAAAGACUCGUCCGUUCUCCAAUAUUCCACUCAAUGGCUUUCGGGAACAGCACUUUACCACCUUGAGCUUCAGCGGAACGACGCAGUCACAGAUGAAAUCGACUGCCGGAAAAAAAUACAUUGCACGCUGUCUUUUUCGCAAACUCUCGAGGGAGAUAGCUAAGGAGCACUACAAUGGGCCUUUUAGACUCUAUUGCGACGAUCUUUUGCCCAGCAAUGUCCUUAUAGAUCUAUCAAGACUUGUUAUCAACGGGGUAGUUGACUGGGAGUUUGCCUACGCCGCCCCGGUUGAGUUCACAUACGCUGCUCCUUGGUGGCUCUUGUAG